UAUGUGAAAUGGUUUGAUACAGUAAUGUUAUAAUAUGUUAUUUUAGUGCAUUUAGUGAAUGUCACUUUUUGUCAUUUUCAAAUUUCCCGCCAGUUCCGUCCCCGUAUGUCCCGACGCUCGCAGGGGAUGGAACCCAGAUGACAGAUGCCGGCAUCCGCCGGAGGACAUUACAGGGGACACUGCAGGAGGGACAUCGCGGGAGAGCAGGACAAGGUAAGAGAAGAACAUAUCCCAGAGCAGUGCCGCAUGGUAUUCCCGAGUGUAGCUCGGGGUUACCGCUUGUGCUACACUCGGGAAUACCGCCAGGGAGGUUA